GUAGGACACUUAGAACUAGCCUUUUCUGCAUUGGUCUCACAUAUGCACUACAGUUUCGUGUAAAAUAAGCAAGUGUUAUGAUAGUUACAAAGAAGUUCUGCUGCACUGAGUACUGAAACUACACCAAGUACUGGAACUUCAAUAAACUAAUCUUUCAUGUGAAUAUAUUAUCAUGAUUUACCACAAUUUAGGUGUAACUGACAAUCCUAUAAACCUUGUCAACAUGAUGCACUAGCACUAGUGUUACUAGUUCCUUUCCUCUUCAUGUUGUAUUGCUCCUGCAAUGUUAUAGUCACUUGGGACUUACUGUUCAUUAUUUGCUGUUACUUUCUCAUCAACCCUGCUUUGUCAUUGGCUCGUAUGGAAUUUUUUUUAGUCACGCAUUUUUUAUUUUGUUUUUUUGGAUGGUGUUGCUCCAGUCAAUCAGGCUGGCAUUGACCACUACAACAAACUGAUCGAUGCACUGCUAAGCUAGAGAUUGCAGUUGAACCCGGAGAAUACGGUGGGCGUCAUGAUGAUGGCCAGCACGGACGUGCAUGUGCUCGUUACGCCCGCCAGCGACCUUGCGAUGAUCCUUGCCAGUAUGCACGGCAUGCAGGUUGUUAGUGAAGAUGGAUACAGAGUGAAGUGUGAACAGCCAUUUAAAGAACCAGAUUUAGAAGAACUCCAGAAAAAGAAUGUGAACGAUGUAAAGCUCCUCACUCUCUCGAGCUCACCCAUUUUAUCGAGCUCCACCACACUCACGAGAAGACCGAGCAGAGACCAAUCCCUCCCCAUCCUCUCCAUCAUAGAUGCGAGGACCGCCACAUUUCCACGUUCAACGGCCUUCGAAGACCACACCUAGUAGGCUCAUCAUCAGACACCGGCGCCGCACCAUCGUCGCCGUGGCCGUCCUAUGUUCGAGACCAUGGAUCUGGUUGUUAGUGGUCAAUCCCGCCUCUCUAUCCACAUCUUGGUGGUGGCCAUCGGGGAACUCCGAUUCUGACCCCGCAAUUCGGCUUCGACGUCCUUACCUUCAUGAUUUCACUUGCAUAAAAGUGUGCCUCGAAUUAACAUUACUUUGUUAUAUAGGCAUAGAAGCAAUCUAAACUAAUAAGGUAACCAAGUCCCUUGAUUGGAGGCUCCACAAAAAAAUACUGAAAUUCUCAGAACAUAAGUAUCCAAAUUCUAUUUGAAGUGAAGUAUAUUUAGAAAGUGAUUUGUCCAAUAUUUAAAUAGUUUCCUUGUACAUAAUUAAAUUCAGAAAGCAAAAAAGUUUGAAUAACCAUAAUACGCUGCAUUUUGAU